AUGGAUAUGAGUCGAUCACAUCUAGGGGUUGGGGAUGCCCUUGAACGCAGACAUUCUGAAUCAUCAGUGCCACACUCACAUAUGGCGGCCUCUGCCCAGUCGGCCAACGUGGAAUUCCCACAUCCUCACUUUGCAGUCAUUUAUCUUGAUCACAAUGGGAAGCUUCAAGUGGAAGCCUCGCCGUCAAUUGCGGGCUGUGGGGGAGCUAUCUUCACGCCGGAGGUGACAGAUCGUUUCAUGGAAAUGGCUGCACCCAGUACCCAACCUAUGCAAUAUCAUAACCAGAAUCAAACCUCUUCCUCGUGGGGAGUGCAACCAGAGCUAGGAUGGGCGCAACCUGGCCCGGCUAGACCAGCUGAAUUAAUUCCUUGUGAAUGGCAAUCACAACAGAGUCGACGUAAACGACGGGACAUGAAACGAACCGGCAUGGUUCGACCUCGACCCAAAUCGGCCUCGCCUCCACCAACACCCCCACCGGGACGAAGCGUGCUUAAAAUUGGCAACCGUGAUCUCCUACGCAAGUACUAUGAGAAGGCAUUCGAGGACUUCCAACAAUUGAACUGCCGCGCCAUCGCAAAGUCGUAUAUUAAGCUUGUGGAACCUCGGAAACAGGUUCACUUCCCAUACAAUGGACGGAAGGUCAUUGCAGGAGUAUCGCAACGUGUCGACCCUGAACACACUAAGCCUGGGUGGUGGCCUAAGGGUGUCUUACACCGAGAGCCGGACCACCUGUUGAAGCGUGACCGACUCCGUCUCCUCGUUCACAUACUCUGUGAGCUCAAAGACAGUCAUGGAGUCACCGCGGCAAAGCUGCGAGAGGCAGGCCAAGACGUACGACGCCAGAUCAGCCCAGCAAACCGUCUGCAGGUUCUAGAUGAGAUUUAUUUCGUCCGACAGAUGGAAGAGCGAUACCUCGAUGGAGAGAUUGAUGCAAACACACUAGUCCAGGUGACUCAGACUCACCUCCCUGAGGCCAACUACCAAAACAACGACCCGGCAACUCGUGUCCAUGCCGCCCCCACCACAUCCCUAGAUGAUGAGGAGGAGGAGGACGAUGAGGAAGACCAGAGUCCCCUACUAGAACCCGACCAGUACUCCCUCCCAGGCCCAGGUUCGGGUCCAGGCCUGCCAAUGUCCCCCGCAACCAGCGAGUCGAGUGGCCCCCACAGCCCAACGACCGGGUACGGCGCCUACCCUAUCGGAAUGGGACCACCGAACAUGGUCCCCCAGCAAUCCCCAGUAAUCAAACAAGACCCUCACUCUCAUCCUCAUGCUCAUCCGCAUCCUCACCCUCACCCCCACCCCAUGCCGGGAUAUUAUGCACAGCCAUAUGCGCCCGAGAAAAACGCAUACUGGCCCAGCGUACCUUCAAUGACACAGUACGGAUAUUGA